AUGACACUUCUGAGUGGUUCCACCUUAGGCACUAGUUUGCCAGGCAACUUUAUGUCUCAAGUCAGCAAAUUCUCAUUAUACUUUGUCUAUAUCGGGAUAGCCAGGCUUGGUUGUACCUACAUCUACUCCUCGCUCCUUACAUACGUAGCCUACCACUUGACUAGAAACAUUCGAUACAAAUACCUUCGUGCGGCCUUCAGCCAAGAAACCGGAUACUUUGAUCAAGGGACUGGCGGCUCAAUAUCAACGCAAGCCACAUCCAAUGGCAAGUUGAUUCAUUCUGGAAUUUCAGAGAAACUAGGAAUCUUUAUCCAGGCAAUUGCAACGUUCAUAGCAGCUUUUAUCAUUGCCUUUGUCAGCCAUUGGAAGUUGACAUUGAUCAUCUGCUGCAUCGUUCCGGCUCUGAUUGUCAUUGGUGGGGGUUUUUCGUUCGCUGAUGCUGGAUAUGAGACGAAUAUUCUUAAAGUCAACGCGCAGGCAGCUUCAUAUGCUGAAAAUAUUCUCAGUGGUGUUCGAGCUGUCCACGCGUUCAGUCUUCGACCCAGGAUCACGCACAAGUAUGGACAAUACUUACAAAGGGUGUUUACAAUUGGAAUGAAGAAAAAUCCAAUUUAUGGCGUCAUGUUUGGCUCUGAAUACUUUAUCAUAUAUGCUGGAAUGGGUUUAGCAUUUUGGCAAGGCAUUCAUAUGCUCGCCCGAGGGAAUAUCCCGGAUAUUGGUACUGUCUUCACUGUCCUUUUUUCCGUGGUUAUUGCGGCGAGUACCAUUACGUCCAUUGCGCCUCAUACAGUAACGUUCACACGUGCGGCUAGUGCGGCUGCAGAACUAUUUGCUUUGAUUGACAGGGAAUCUGAGAUCAACCCCCUCGAUGAAUCCGGGGAUAAGCCGCAAGAUACAUAUGGUGUGAUAAACAUCGAUAACAUUACGUUCAAUUAUCCCAACCGUCCAAACGUUUGUGUAUUAGAGGACUUUUCCCUUCAUGUCCCGGCAGGGAAGGUCACCGCGCUUGUCGGUGCUAGUGGGUCUGGGAAAAGUACAAUCAUAGGGCUUCUAGAGCGAUGGUAUAAGCCGUUGGCCGGUUCAAUAAAGUUAGAUGGGAGAGAUAUCGCGCAGUUGAAUCUAAGAUGGCUUCGCACAAACGUCCGGCUUGUGCAACAGGAACCGGUCCUCUUCAACGGAAGCGUUUUCGAUAACAUUACGAAUGGCCUUAUUGGUACACCAUGGGAGACAGCUUCAUAUGAAGAGCAGCGCAAACGUGUGGAAGACGCAGCUAAGCUUGCAUUUGCACACGACUUCAUCAUGAACCUUCCGAAUGGCUACGAUUCGCCAAUUGGUGAAAGAGGAGGCCUUUUAUCAGGUGGGCAGAAACAAAGAAUUGCCAUUGCACGCAGCAUUAUCUCUGAGCCAAAGAUCCUCCUCUUGGAUGAAGCUACUAGCGCUCUGGAUCCACACGCCGAAGGUAUAGUACAGCAGGCUUUAGAUCGUGCUUCCAAGAACCGAACGACUAUAGUAAUUGCGCACAAAUUGGCAACUAUCCGCAACGCGGACAAUAUCGUCGUGAUGUCAAAAGGGAGAAUUGUCGAGCAAGGUCAGCAUAGCGAGCUAGUUGCCAGGGGUGGUGCAUAUGCGAGUCUAGUCAAGGCACAAGAUCUAUCAGCAACACGAUCGGCAGAUGAUGAGGAGCAAAGCACUGAAGACGAGACACCUGAUAAAGAGGCUGAGCCGGUCCAGUCACUUGCUCGGUAUCAAACGGCCGAGGCACGGCAGCUGACAAUGCUCCAGCAUCGCGAAGACUUUGGACUAUACAAAAGGAGGGGCAUUCUUCGCAGCAUAGCCAAGCUGGUCAUCAGCACACCCAAUCUGAGGUUCUGGUACUUCCUCACUAUAAUAUGUUGCGUGGCAGGAGCUGCUAUUUUUCCGGGGCAGGCGCUACUCCUAGCUAAUGUUAUGGACAUAUUCUCUGCCCCAAAUAUGGUUGACCGCGGAAACUUCAUUGCUCUGAUGUACGGCAUCAUCUGCUUUGAACAUGGCAUUCUCACUAACUCGAGCCACCAGACUUUCAACAAGAUUUUCCGCCACGACCUUUUGAACUCCAUGCUCAAACAAGACCUCCGGUUCUUUGACCGACCUGAAAACACAGUCGGUGCAUUAACAAGUCGGCUUGAUUCGCACCCACAAGCGAUUUUAGAGCUCAUGGGUUUUAACAUUUCCCUCAUCGUUCUCGCGGCAAUCAACGUACUUGCGUCUAGCGUACUCUCUCUAGCUAUCGCCUGGAAGCUAGGUGUAAUGGGUGUCUUUGUUGGGCUACCGCCUAUGCUAGUAGCAGGCUAUGCGCGUAUCCGCCUCGAAACCAAGAUGGAUACAGAUAUGGGAAAGAGGUUCUCUCAGAGCGCUUCGAUGGCGUCGGAGGCGGUACUUUCUAUCCGAACAGUCUCCUCGCUCGCUAUGGAGAAGAAUAUCUUGGAGAGAUACACCAACGAACUAGAUCAGGCAAUUCAAACAUCGAUUCGUCCUCUGUUCAGUAUGAUGGUGUGGUUCUCCCUGACUCAGUCUAUUGAGUAUUUUAUACUUGCAUUAGGGUUUUGGUGGGGUUCCAAGUUGAUCCAUGACGGAGACAUCACGUUUUACCAGUUCAUCGUCUCUUUCAUGGGUGUAUACUUCUCUGGUCAGGCUGCUGGCCAACUAUUCAGCUUCUCGAGCAGUUUCACGAAAGCUAAUGAAGCGGCAAACUACUAUUUCUGGUUAACAGAACUCUCUCCUAUGAUCCAAGAAACAAAAGAAAACCUCAGCAAUGGACCCCCAAACAAAUGUCAGGCGAUUGAUUUCCAAGAUAUCCAGUUUUCCUAUCCUCUAGCACCAGAUACCCGCGUUCUGAAGGGUGUGUCUUUUAACGUACGUAUGCCGUCUGUCACUUCUAUUCUUUCACCACCACACAGAACUAACAUUGUUAUGACAUUUCAGAUCCGAAAAGGCCAAUUUGUAGCUCUUGUGGGUGCCUCCGGCUGUGGUAAAAGCACGAUGAUCUCGCUGCUAGAACGCUUCUACGACCCAACGCAAGGCACCAUUAGAGUCGACACUUCCCCGCUGAACAGCAUGAAUCCAAUUUUAUACAGACAACAGGUCGCCCUUGUGCAACAGGAACCGACGUUAUUUCCGGGGACCAUCUUGGAGAACAUCUCGUAUGGAUUGGACAUUGCACCAUCUGAAUCAGCUAGUGCUCCAAGCUCCGAGGUCGAAAAUGCUUGCCGGGCAGCAAAUGUAUGGGACUUUAUCAGCUCCUUGCCGGACGGACUCCAGACACCCUGCGGAACGAGCGGUAGCCAGCUUUCCGGUGGACAACGACAGAGGGUUGCGAUUGCAAGAGCCUUGAUCAGGAAUCCUCGGGUGAUACUCUUAGAUGAGGCGACAAGUGCGCUUGAUACAGAAUCAGAAAGAGUUGUGCAGGGGGCAUUGAUGCAAGCUGCGACAAGUGGGGAGAGGAUUACAGUCGCUGUCGCUCAUCGGCUUUCGACGGUUCGUGAGGCAGACUGUAUCUUCGUGUUUUUGGGUGGCAGGAUUGUUGAGUGUGGUAGACAUGGUGAGUUGGUUGAGAAAGGUGGUAUUUAUGCAAAGAUGUGUGAGGCGCAGAGCUUGGAUUCGGCGGCAUAG